AUGGGCAUGGCAAUAAAUCAUGUACCGCAGAUUCGGGAAGAAUGUGAGGUAUUUCACAUGUCGGACAAGCAAAUCCGGGAGAUAAUGAACAGACUCCAUAACGACCUGGUCAAAGGUCUCGGCAAAGAUACUCACGCCAACUCCAUCGUCAAAUGCUGGAUCACAUACAUUCAAGAUUUGCCCAACGGAAAAGAACGUGGAAAAUUUUUGGCAUUGGAUUUAGGAGGAACAAAUUUUAGAGUGCUUAUUAUAAAUCUUGGGGAAAAUCACUUCGACAUGCAAUCGAAAAUCUACGCUAUACCCAAUCAUAUAAUGACCGGUACAGGUGUCGCAUUGUUUGAUCACAUUGCCGAGUGUUUAGCCAAUUUCAUGAAGGAACACGAUGUGUACAAAGAACGUUUGGCUCUCGGUUUUACAUUCAGUUUUCCUUUAAAACAAUUGGGUCUAACUAAGGGGUUGUUACAACGCUGGACGAAAGGCUUCUCGUGUUCUGGGGUCGUAGGCGAAGAUGUUGUACAAGGUCUCAAAGACGCUAUCGCUAGAAGAGGGGACCUAAAGUUGUCUGUGAUGGGCAUCCUUAAUGAUGCAACGGGGACCCUUAUGUCGUGUGCACAUAAGGAACCCCAUUGCCGAAUAGGAAUCAUAAUCGGUGAGUUGACGAUGAUAUCUACGCUCUCGGAUGUUCAGAUUGAUAUAUGCGCUAUUCUCAAUGACACUACGGGCACAUUGAUGUCUUGCGCGUGGAAAAACCACAACUGCAAAAUAGGACUUAUUGUCGGUACAGGCAGCAACGCGUGUUAUGUAGAGAAGACUGAGAACUGCGAUUUGUUCGACGGAGAACCGGGCAAACCUGAACUGUUGAUCAACACAGAAUGGGGGGCCUUUGGUGACGAUGGCGCCUUAGACUUUGUCAGAACUGAAUUUGAUAGAGAAGUCGAUGUCAAAUCCAUUAAUCCCGGGAAACAGAUACAAGAGAAGAUGAUAUCAGGAAUGUAUAUGGGAGAACUAGUACGCUUGGCACUGGUUAAAUACACCCGCAUGGGUCUCUUAUUUGGAGGCCGUGGAUCUGAUCUGCUGUUCCAAAGAGGAAGCUUUUACACCAAAUACGUAUCUGAGAUCGAGUCUGAUAAGCCCGGCGAUUUCACAAGCUGUAUGGAGGUGCUAGAAGAACUUGGUCUGUCCCACGCCACAGAAGCAGAUAUGGCGGGAGUGCGCCACGUUUGCGAAUGUGUUUCCCGUCGUGCCGCCCACCUGGUGUCAGCCGGCAUCGCGACUCUCCUCAAUAAGAUGAACGAGCCCCGAGUCACCGUCGGCAUUGAUGGCUCCGUCUAUCGGUUCCACCCUCACUUCCACACGCUAAUGUGCGAAAAGAUCGCGCAGCUAGUUCGACCUGGCAUCCAGUUUGACCUUAUGUUGUCUGAGGACGGCAGCGGUCGCGGUGCAGCUCUAGUUGCAGCGGUUGCUUGCCGGCAACAAUUAGGCCACGCGUAG